GGCCAGCUGAAAACCACGGUUCCCAAUGGCUCCCCUAACCUCUUCGUCGCGCCCUCGCCUCGCCUCGCCUCGCCUCGCCCUCGCUGCCCCUCUGCCCCCAAGGACAUCGCGCAAACCUCAACCACAGAGCAUGGCGAACGGUUGACUCUGCGUCAUGGACGACAUCGCCUGGAGCUAUUGAUUGAUGCGACGAUUAUCUAAAUAGAUCCCGCCCCCCUCCGCCUGGAGCAACGCCCUCUUCUUUUCUCGCCUCUUCAAGAGCCUGCCCCCUCAGCCGUACCUCUUCUGGUCCCUCCAGCAACCUCCUUUAUACCUACAACUGAGGCAGAGGGGCGCGGCGUCGAGGCCUGCAAAUCAUCUGCAACCGCCAUCAUGAGCGACCUAGCGGAGGUCAAUAACAACAAUGACUUGGAGAAAGCCAGUGUGUCAGAUGUACAGCCCCCCAGUUACCGGGUUGACUCUGGUCGAGAGCCCAAUCAAGGGGCGACAACUGAAGAACUGCCGCAGAGUCGUUGGUGCCGCUUCGUGGAUACCUUCAGGCGGGAUGAGAGCCAGUCUGUAACACCAAAGGGCGCCAUUGGCGCUGACGGAAAAGUCUACGAUCCUAAGAAUGUCGCUCUUGCUACUGCCAAUUCCCCUCUGCAACGGAACUUGAAGGCACGGCAUUUGCAGAUGAUUGCUAUCGGUGGCUCUAUUGGAACUGGUCUCUUCAUUGCCUCCGGAAAGGCUCUCAAUACUGGUGGUCCCGCCUCGCUCGUCAUAUCUUUCAGUCUUAUUGGCAUUAUGCUUUACUGUACAAUCCAGGCUCUUGGUGAAAUGGCUGUUGUGUUCCCUGUUGCUGGUUCAUUCUCUGCCUACUCGACUCGCUUCUUGGAUCCAUCAUGGGGCUUUGCAAUGGGCUGGAACUAUGCUAUGCAAUGGUUGGUAGUUCUACCAUUGGAGAUUAUAGCGGCUUCAAUUACGAUCAACUUCUGGGAUGACGAACAAAAAUAUGAUCAUGCUAUUUUUGUCUCAGUAUUUCUUGUUGUCAUCAUCAGUAUCAACAUGUUUGGCGUCAAAGGUUACGGUGAAGCCGAAUUCGUCUUCGCUAUCAUUAAGAUCAUUGCUGUUAUUGGAUAUAUUAUUCUCGGUAUAAUCUUGAAUGUUGGCGGAGGUCCCAACGAAGGCUAUAUUGGUGGUAAAUAUUGGUCCAAUCCGGGUGCCUUCAACAACGGCUUCAAAGGGCUCUGCAGUGUCUUCGUCACGGCUGCCUUCGCAUUUGCAGGCACUGAAUUGGUCGGCCUUGCGGCUGCUGAGACUGCAAAUCCCCGCAAAGCGUUGCCAACGGCAUGCAAGCAAGUGUUCUGGAGAAUCACGAUCUUUUACAUUGUUUGCCUCACUAUCGUUGGCCUCCUGAUUCCUUACGAUGACCCACGACUGUUGAACUCAGGUUCGGCAAACUCUGCUGCUUCGCCGUUUGUUAUUUCCAUCAAAAAUGCGGGUAUUGAGGUUUUGCCAUCGAUUAUGAAUGCUGUUAUUCUCAUUGCGGUUCUGUCUGUGGGCAACUCGUCUAUCUUCGGCUCGUCUCGAACUUUGGCUGCCCUUGCGGAACAAGGCCAAGCUCCAAACUGGCUUCGAUAUGUCGACCGCAAGGGCCGCCCUUUGACAGCCAUCGGGAUUGCAUCGGCAUUAGGCUUCCUCGCUUAUGUUGCAGACUCCGAUGCCCAGGGAACAGUCCUGGAGUGGCUGCUUGCGCUCAGUGGCCUUUCCUCGAUCUUCACUUGGGGUUCCAUUUGCCUCGCCCAUAUUCGUUUCCGCGCAGCAUGGAAACACGAAAAUCAUCUGCUCUCAGACCUACCCUUCCAGUCUCAACCAGGAGUAAUUGGUUCCUGGAUCGGCUUCGGCUUCAAUUGUGUGGUUUUGGUAGCUCAGUUUUGGACCGGUGCAUGGCCCGUUGGCUAUAAAGAAAUGGGCGUCACUGAACAGGUCAGGAGCUUCUUCCUUGCCUACCUCGCAGCACCCGUAAUCCUCCUUUUCUAUUUUGGACACAAGGUGUGGACCAGGACACCUUGGGGUGUGAAGAUAGGCGAUAUUGAUCUUGACACAGGCAGGAGGGAUUUGAAUACUAAGGAGCUGGUGUUGGAGGAGCAGGCUGAGCGCGCUAGCUGGCCUAGGUGGAAGAAGGUAUACAAGAUUUUCUGCUAACAUAUUGCUUUGCUUGUUACCCUAAUGUUACAUAUGUCGGGAAGAUGGUUAGAAAUAGGAUGGAGUGUUUUUGGAUAUGGAGUUUGUCACUUGGGCAAGAUACCUGUACGUAAUCUUGCGAGCAUUGUGAGCGCGGCGUUCUGUGUUGGUUCUAGACGAGGGAUUCGAGGCUGGGACAGUCUCACGGGUGUGAAAGGCAUACAAUCGACCAUUGAAGAAAUGUUUUCAUGACUUCUCACAUCUCAAAAGCUCUGCGUGGCAUGCCGACUUUCAUUCAAAUGUACCAGAUAAUUCCAAGAAUAUGAAACAAUUCUGUAGAAUAUAAAAUCUGUAGAAAC